AUGAGACAAAGACUGACUAUUUUCAAUCCCGGGUCUUCACACGAUGAUGUAAUUCAAAACCUCAACUCAACAAAUUUCAAAUUAACAGCACCCUCAUCAGAACAACGAUUUUCAAUUGAGAAUAAAUUCACAAUACCUAUUGCCACACCACUUCAAUAUAUUCGGCAAUUGCGUAUUCAAUCAAAGAAACUGUAUGCUGAUGUGAAUCCACUUUUCCCAUUCGAUUUCACUACGGGUUUGAAUAUUUAUGUGAUUCCUAGAAAUACUGUGAAUGAUGAUGAUGAUGAUGAAUUUUUCCAAGAAUUGAGUAAUGUUUUGAAGGAGGUGGUCAAUUUGGAUAUCAACGCGACUGAAUGGACCACUGCCGUGAAUUCAUUGUACUAUUAUUCAUCACAACCGGCUCAAUUACAAGCACAAUCGUCUUGGAUCAAGUAUUAUGAUGUACAAGAUUACGAUUCCACAUUCGAUUUAGUAUACAAUGCUGAUGAGUCUUCUAAGCAGAUAGUAUUACGUCAGUUGGUCACCAAAGUUGUUGACAUCAGCUACGAUUUGAAAUUAGGUGAGUAUAAAGAGAUCGGACUCUUUUUAAACGAUGCCAAAGUAUCCCAAACUAAAGAUGAUUUAGUAUUGAGUGGGUUGAGAGUUAUUUUAGAUGGUCAAAGUGAGUCACAAGAUGAUGCUGAUGAUAAAAAUAUACACAAGACAAUGUUUCAUUUGAAGCCAAGACAUAGGUACUUACCAGGGUCAAUCUCGUCCUCCAUAAUACCACAAGGUUUACAUCCUAUAUUAGCGACUACCGUAUCAACAGAAAAUGGCUUAAGGUCCACAAUUAAUUACGAGAUAGUUGGAAUCGAUGCUGAUGUGGAGGCUUGUAACAGCUACUACUAUCUCAAUUUGAACAAGUCUUUAAUAUUUGACAAGUAUCAAAACAUCCCACUAAAUUCAACUUUACUUGUCAAUAAUGGAGUUUCAAACUUGGAGUUACCAGAGUACAAGAUAUCCCAAUGGGGCAGUGAAUUAUUGUUUGAAAUAAAACAAGAUGAAGCAUCUGAUGUAUCAUCACCGGCCAGGUUUGAUUUCAAUUUAACAUUGCAUUCACGAUACCAAUUACCAAACAAUAGCGACUCAUCAUCACCAUUUACUCAAAUUAUCAACCCACAACCUCAAUUUUUCAUUGCUUGUAAAGUAAAAGAAGGUCACUUGUUGAAUAAAUCACCAUUUGAUUCUAAAAGACUGAGUCUAUUGGGUAACAAUUACGAAGCGUAUUUCCAAAAUGACACUGUAUUUUAUCAUUUCGAUACAAUCGAAACUGAUCGUCAUGUAUCAGUGGACAUACCUCAUGGAACAACUACAUUUGAUCGAGUCAAUUCAAUAACUACAUUCACAAUCUUGAUUGGUAUUGGCAUCAUAUUUUGGGGUAUUUUGCAGAAAUUUACAAAGUCGAAACCGAUUGGCAAAUCUAAAACCGAUUAA